AUGCUACCACCCAACUUUUCAAAGCAAGAUGACGAGGACUACAAAGCAAUACUUUUGGACAAGGCAUGCACCGAGGACUGUAAGAAGGCAAUUAUUAUCUUCUUCAAACAUCAUAAAGUUUGGGCUGACAAGUGGAUCAUGUUAACCGAGGCAACCAAGGUUGGAGCAACCAUGGACUUUAUCUUCGAUGAAGUUAACGCGCCUAAAGAUGGAUAUCCGAAUACACCAACUGACUUCCAAUAUUACCUCACAAGGGAGGUGGGGGAAGAUUAUAGUGAAUGGUUCGAAGAAACAUUUCUCUUGCAUCCACUGACACCAAAGGAUUUCGAGAUCAACUGGACACGCAACAUGCUCGAUGAGGAUCAGAAGGCCAAGCGGAUAGAGCAACUCGAGUGGCAAUUGAGCGAUGCAUUGGUUGCACUCUGUCAUAAGCGUAAGCGUGAGGAGCAAGUGGAGACGCAAGAGGAUGUCGCUGAUGACGAUGGCAUUUCAUGCAAGUAUAUCAUCAACUACCACAACCUCUACUUAUGA